AUGCUCAAGGCUUACAAGAAUCUCUCCUCCAAAACCCGCCUUGCUGUCGGUGUCGCAGUCAUCGCAUGGGGUGCUGGAGGACUCAUGUUGACUGAUCCACUCGAGAAGUCCCUCGGUUUGACUCCUACUGAGGAAGACAAGGCCGAAUUGGACAAGUACACACCAAAGAUCAUCACUGUUGAGAAGGAUGAGAAAGAGGGCAAAUAA